GAUAAUGGUGUCGCAGGUCGGCCGUGUCAGAGCGAGCGGCCCGCCCGCAGGGGAAAUCCAGCCCGCCUCAGCUCUCCAUCCUGCACCCAGAGCGAAAGUAAAAGAGCAAAAACUUCAGAGUGACUGUUGGUGUUGAACCACAGAGCAGCCGGUCCGCAAGAAAAUGUCCACGGAAAAAAGAUACGACCCCAAAGACACCACGCUGAAGUUUGUCAACAGACCAGAUGAUCUGGAUCCAAUACCACCAGAGGAGGGAGACAAAUGUCUGAGAGCAGAGAUGUCCUGCGGUCACGCCGUCACUCCAGAGUCUCUCACCGGUUGGUGCCGCAGUCUGUUGGAUCAGGGCCAGUACAAAUUUAAGUGCCCUGCUUUGGCUAAAGGCACACUCCAGCAGUGUGGCGCGGUGUGGUCUUACCAGGAGGUGCGCAGGUUGGCCGUUCUUACCCCCAAGGAGAUGCAGUACUUUGAGGAGAACAUGGCCCGACUGGCUGCUCUUGAAUACUGUGAAUUCCAACAGUGUCCCAGCUGCAAAACCUACGUGGAGAGAGAGGACCUGACCAACCUGUGCGUGCACUGCACAGUCUGCACAGCUGAGAAGAAGAAGGACUACCAGUUCUGCUGGCAGUGUCUGAAGCAGUGGAAAGGAAAAGCUCCAACCUCUGAUCGCUGCGCCAACAACGGCUGCACCAACCAUGACCUCAGACUUCUCAAGAACUGCGAGACCACCAUCCUGCCUCAGGUGGAGGGAGUUGGGCCUGUGCCCUCCAUCAGAGCUUGUCCCACCUGCGGCCAGAAGGUGGAGCACGACAAGACGGGCUGCAAGAACAUCAUCUGCCCCCGCUGCCAGGUCGAGUUCUGCUUUGUGUGUCUGAAGGUCACUGAGAUCUGCCUGAAGACCAGUUCCUACUUCAUCGCCUGCAAAUAUGGAGUGGCUCCCAGACAAACCUCCAUCCCUGCGUGGCACAAAAAAUGACACACACACACUCCCCUGUCAGGUAUAAUACGGUGUGCAGCUUUAUCUCUUUACUCUUUAAUCUGUAAUUACAAGUUACUUUCCUGCAAUGUAUCAGCUCAGGAAAUGCUUCUGCCAAUAAAAGUUUCUUGAAUGAA